UGGAGCUGCACGUCGACAGUCUCCUGCAGCCAUGAAGCUCCCGAUGUUGGCGGCUUUGCUGGGCUGCCUGGCCGCCGGUCUCGGCGCUCUGGGUGCCAAGCCGAGUGGCAAGGGCUACCACUACGUCGUGCGUUUCGACCAGCAAGACCGCUUACAAGACAGCGCCGAGGCCGACUCGAUGGCGGCGAGGGACAAGCGCGGGGCCGCGGUCGGUGCGUCCAGCUACUACCAGCAGUUCCAGGAUUACUACGACGACGGCCAGGCCGCCGGCUACGACGCCGGGCACGCCGCCAGUUACGCCGACCACGGGUAUGGCUACGCCAAUGACGCCGUGCAACAGGUGCAAGUGCAGCAACUGCAGCUGCAGCAGGUGCACGCUGUCCCGCAGCAAACGGUCCACACGGAGGUGACCAAGGAGGUGGCCGUGCCGCACCCGGUCCCCGUGCCCCACGCCGUGCCCGUCCCCGUGCCGCAGACCAUCAUCAAGCACGUCCCCGUGGCCGUCGCGGUGCCCGUGCCCGUCCCGCAGCCCUACGCCGUUCACGUCCCCGUUCACGUGGUCAAGACGGUGGCCGUGCCCGUUGAGAAGCCGGUUCCUUUCGCCGUGGAGAAGCCCGUGCCCUACCCGGUGGAGAAGCCCUACCCCGUCACGGUGGAGAAGAGGGUGCCCUUCGCCGUGCCCCAGCCGUACCCCGUGCACGUGCCUGUCUACAAGAUUAUCUACAAGGAAGCCCCGCCCAAGAUCUACUCCCACCCUCCGCACCACUUCCAUCACCCCCACCUUGACUCUCAUCCCCACCCCCACCCGCACUACCCCCACGACGACGACUGAGUGCGUGGGUGCGGGCCACGGGUCAGACGCCGAAGAAAAAAAAGUGACUAGUCCAAAUGAAUGUAAUCCUAUG